AAAAUGGAGAACGCGACUAUUCUGAGAGAGUGGUUCGCCCGAGUUGACUCGGAGAAAACCGGAAGCAUCAGUGCCCCUCAGCUCAAGAGCGCUCUCGCCGUUGGAAAUCUCGAGUUCCCUCUCUCAGUUGUUCAGCAAAUGAUCAGGAUGUAUGAUUUUGAUAGAAAUGGAACCAUGAGCUUUGAAGAGUUUGUAGCGCUCAACAAGUUUUUACUAAAGGUUCAACAAGCUUUCUCGGAACGGGAGAGGGGUCGGGGCUAUCUCGUUCCUGAUGAUGUGUAUGAGGCAUUAGGGAAAAUUGGUUUCUUGCUGGACUCCCCUGCUUUCUACACAGUUUGUGAGAGCUUUGAUCAAAAGAAGAAUGGAAUGUUCCGACUUGCUGACUUCAUAUCUCUUUGUAUAUUUGUGCAGUCUGCCCGUAAUCUGUUCAAUUCAUUUGAUACAGCUAAGCAAGGGAGAGUGACUCUUGAUCUCAACCAAUUCGUCUAUUGCACUGCCAAUUGCAGAAUAUGAACUGCAGCAGAUCAUGGAUGCUGUGGAAUUGCGACGUACAUUUCUAUUCAAGUUUUUAUUGUGAAUGUAGGACCAGCAUCUGCUUCUUAAGAUGUAACACCUUGAAUGGGACACAGCAGUGUACAAAGCAAAAGCUUCAAAUAGAAACUUGUAUGCUUCAGGGUGUUAAAUAUUCUUCACCUGGCCAGCUUCUGAUGGAUCAUAGUUGUCUGAUAAUAUUGCCUCAUGAAUGAAUCUGAACCAUCGAAUCUUAAUAUAUGGUCAUG